UCCCUUCUACACCUCACAAUCUGCAUUCUACUGCCACAUUACACCACUUCAACAAAACUACUUACCAAACACCAAUACACAACAACAACAUGGCUUCUCAACAGUUGACUCGAAGAGAAAACACCACCACCCUUGACAAAGACACGGUUCCCAAUAUGGCUACCCACUUUGAGAACCUUGCAGAGAAAGCCAUUGGGGAUGUUGGUGGACGUCGGAAAGUGAAGGGUGAGGGUCCCAAAGAGAUGGUAAGUGACCAUGCUGCAAAUGUAGUUGGAAACGAAGAAAGAGAAGGUUAUGGCGGUGUUCGUGAUUUUGGGAAGUUCCAAAUGAAAACUGAAGGGGGAGAAGGAAGAGGGAAUAAGGAUAGGGAAGAACUGGAAACACGAACCAGGGAGGUUAAAGGAAGAACGCAAAGAAGAAGAGAAAAUGAAGGACAAGUAGUGGCAGAGAAAGGAAGAGGAGUAAAACUUGGUGCUAGUGCAACCGCAGCUAAUGCUAGUACUUUGGAAAAAGGUGAUAGUAAUACUCGGAGACCAAGAGAAGAGAGUGAAAAUGAAAUAUCUACGUUGGAGCAGGUUUCCAACAGCAGAGAUCACGAUUCGAAAGACCUGAAGAAGAGGUACGAGAGAGCGAAGCAAGCAGCGAGCGAAACACUCAAGAGUACAGCUCAAAUCGCAACACAAGCGAAGGACGCAACGAUUGAGAAGGGUCAACAAGGCUGUGCUGUAACCAAAGACACCAUUUCAAGUGCCGCAAAUACCGUUUCGGAAAAAACUGCGCCGAUGGCAGAGAAGGCCAAAGGGUAUACAUUUCAAGUGGCGGAGAAGGCCAAGAGUGCAGGAGGCACGACAGCGAGAUACGUCGGAGAGAAAGCUGCUCAAGCAAAAGAUGUUGCCGUGGAAGGUGGGAAGAGUGCGGCGGGGUAUGCUGCGAAGGUGGCUGCGGAUUUGAAGGACAGGGCCCCGGUGGUGGGGUGGGCGGCGGCACAUUUUUCGACGGAGAUGACGGUGGAGGGAACGAAGGUCGCAGCCCACGUGGUUGAGGGGGCGGCAGGGUAUGCGGGGCAAAAGGCAGCUGAACUUACUUCAAAGUCAGUAGGUGCUGUUAAAGUUUUGGCUGCUUCAGCUGGUGAGUCUGCUAAGGGAUACACUGCAAGGAAGAAAGAAGAGGCACAGAAGGAAUUGGAGGCCAAAAGAGCAUCUCAGUUAGCAGAAGAGAGGCAAUCGGAAGGAAUGGGCGAAACUGUAAUCCAGAAUGCAGAAAAGCCAAAUGAAGGUGGAGGAAGCUCUGAGAAGGAGGGAACUGGAAGCGAUGUGCUGACAGCAAUAGGCGAAACAGUGAGCAACGUUGGGGCGAAUGUGAAGAAAGCAUUUGAUGGAGGGAGCGAAGAAGAAAGCGGAAGUGAGACAAGUGGAGGGCAAGAAGAAGGAAAGGAUGUGAGUGGUCAAACAUUGAAAAUCACUGAUGAGAAGUUGGGUGGUUCCGAACAGAGAGGAGCCGUUAGAACACUUCUCUGGUAACUGAUCGUGCCAAACAUGAUGGGUGCUUGACUUGAGCUGAGUCUACGUCAGCGUAUUUUAAGGUUUAGUUUUAUGCCAUGGUCUCUGUAAUUUCCAUGUUUUCGGUUUGUUCUAUGACAUUUUGUGACUGAAUAAGAAUCUCCUUUCUGAGAUGAUCAAGAACUGUCAAAAUAUGCGUGUGGUUUCCUAAGCAUGCAGAAUAACGUGCUACAAAAAUACUAGAAGAGUUCUCCAAGUAUCAUUCAUCCAUGGUUUAAACAUAUUUUACAACCUGCAAUCGAAUAUCAAUUAAAGUUCCUUGUUGUAUUCAUGGUUACCAUUAGUUGAAAAUUAUCUUAUUUUAAAGAGAGACAGUGAGAAUGAACUGGAAAAGAAAGCAGAAGGAAGGAAUUCAGAUUAAUGUACAAGUUCUUGUGUAUUAAACAAGAAUAAUAAUUAUUAGUUGAAACCCUGUUCAAGUGAAACAGAGAACUAAUGAAUACUUGCCUUUCACCAUGUUUUUGAGGCUUUCAAGAGUCCCAAAUGGGGCCAAAGGCAGGGAUGUUAGCCCUCUUGCAUGCCCUAAGGACGUCUCUACUGCCUUCAGGGUUGCUUGUAACAAUAACAACUUCGACAUUCCACCUAACGGCAGCAUCCACGGUCAUCUCAGCUACAUUGGGACGACCAGAAAGUGCUGUGUCAUGAACCAUAACUUUCUCUUUCGGGUAUUUUUUGACCAAUUCUGUUAUCUCCUUUCCAAAGUUCAGUUCAAUAUCCUUGGCCACCCAAAUCAGGUACACAUCAGCUUUACUAGGCUGCAAAAGAAAUGAUAAGAACACACAAAUCCCUGAUCCCGUGGCAACCAACAACACCCUUUGAUACAAAUUUACUAGGUAAGGCAAGCCUGCAAAAUGCAUGGUUCGGACCCAAAGAUGCUUUGGUGGGGUACUAACCAAAGACUUCGUGAAGUCACCAACUGCUCCAGCAAGCAUCAUGUGCUCUUUCUUUCCAUCAGAUAUGAUCCCAAAGGCAUGCCAUUCUGACAAGGGUGAAGGACUCACUCUACCUAGUAAACCUGCUUUGACACCCCCUUCAAACCUGAUGAUUGAGGCGUGGCUCGAUGGAGCUGAUACACAAACUUGCACCUUUCUUACACUCAGCCAAGGAAUGAUGAUGAGAAUUGUGAUAACUAAAGUGAACCAGAACUCUUGCUUCUUGACCACCUGAGACAUGGUCAAGUCAUAGGUUUGUGAGCUAGGUUCAUAGCUUUUGGAGAGGAAAAUGAAUAGCCAGAGAAGGAGGAGAGCCAUCCAUCCAGCAAAACGGUGGAUUCUCUCAAAAGCAUUGUGAUGAAGAUGGCGGACAAGAGGAAAAGCUGCUAGGGAAGAGAGUAGAAUGAGUGAGAAGAUGGUGAAAGCAACUCCAAUAAUCUCUGGGGAAGUUUUGUCUUUGUUUUUCAAAGUAAGAACUAGGGAAUAAACAAUCCAGGCCAUAGAAGAAACUCCACAACCACUAUGGAUUCCUCCAACACUUUGAAGGAACGAAGUGGUGGCAGUUUUGAUUCCAAGAGAAACACAAGGCCUCCCAAUGAUCUUCACAGCCAACCAGAAAACAACUCUCAAAACUGCUUCACUUCUACACAGUGUUAGAGCCAGAAUGUUCCCAAUAGAGAACAGUGUAGCUCUUGUCUUGGCAUAAGGGAAAUACCCUGCUGUUGAAAGAGCCAACGCCACCAAAUUCAAGGCCAUGCAAACCAUAAAUAGCCCUUUGUAGAAUGUGAACCCUUGAUCCAGCAGAAUUAUGGACAGCCUUGACCUCUUUGGUGGAUCAGUUCUUGAAAGCAGCUUCUGCACCUUAACACCAUUAGUUUUGUCUGAUUUUUCUAUAUCUUGAAGUUCAGCUAUGAACUCAAGCUCAACAUCACUAGCAUCAAUGUCAAUGUCACAGAAGUGGCUGCUGCCCCUGCUCCUUGUUGGACUGAUUGUUUGAGGCUGAGGAAGAACUUUGAAUGAAUUUGUUCGAGUCCAUGGAAGCCAAAGCCAAGUUCUAAUUUGUUCAUGCUUUGUUGGUGAUACAAUUGCAAAAGGAUUCCUUCUAUUAGGAUUGAUUUCAAAGGCUACCCCGCGACAACUAGAAAACCUGGCUAUCUUUAUCUCUGUGUUUUCCAUUGCUUCCAUAUGAAUCGAUAACCUAUUGGGUUGAA